AUGGUGAAGAGGACAAAAGUUUCGAUUGUUCAAGAGAAACGAACCAGGGAUUAUAUACCCGAAAGAUCUAUUUCCUUCAACGAUGAGGAUGCAGAGGUCAUCAUUCAGCCCUUCAACGAUGCUUUGGAAAGUGAAACUACAAAGGGAGAGAUCUCUUUGCCAGUAAACAUCGCGGGGAUUAUUCUACAAACGGUGUUCUAUGUCAUCAAGGGUGAGAUGAAAUACAACGCAUUGCUCGGCAGACCGUGGAUUCAUAGAAUGAGGGCAGUACCCUCAACAUUACAUCAAAUGUUGAGGUUUCCAACCUCAGAAGGGAUAAAAAUGGUACGUGGCGAGCAACCCGAGGCAAGAGAGAUGUUCGCAGUGGAAGAAGCACCCCCAACUCAAAAAGAACCGUCCCUAAAGGCUGCAGAACCAACUAAAGGCAAAGACGCCAAAUAG